UGUAUUUCAAAGAGUUUCCUGUCAUGACCUCAUAAAAAGAGGAGGAGGCUUGUAUGUGUUGCAGCGCCUAGUAUAUGUCGAUUUUGUUGCAUCGUUGGGCAGCGGUACUGUAAGAAGGAAUGUCAGCUUUUACAUAACGUUCUUUUUGCUUUUGACUCUGUGAGGGGCUGUAAGGGUCCAUCUUUGUGAUCACAGAUGGAGUGGAAUGGCUUGAAAAUGAUAAUUAGCACCAUGGAGCCUCAGGUGUCGAAUGGCCCUACUUCCAAUACAACCAAUGGACCCUCCAGCAACAGUAGAAACUGCCCUUCCCCUAUGCAGACGGGGGCUGCUACAGAUGACAGCAAAACCAACCUCAUAGUCAACUACUUACCGCAGAAUAUGACACAGGAGGAGUUCAGGAGUCUCUUUGGGAGCAUUGGUGAAAUAGAAUCCUGCAAACUCGUGAGAGACAAAAUUACAGGGCAGAGUUUAGGGUAUGGAUUUGUUAACUAUAUUGAUCCAAAGGAUGCAGAGAAAGCCAUUAACACUUUAAAUGGACUCAGACUCCAGACCAAAACCAUAAAGGUGUCAUAUGCCCGUCCAAGUUCAGCAUCAAUCAGAGAUGCUAACUUGUAUGUCAGCGGCCUUCCAAAAACAAUGACCCAGAAAGAAUUAGAGCAGUUAUUCUCACAAUAUGGGCGCAUCAUCACCUCACGGAUUCUGGUUGAUCAAGUCACAGGUGUUUCUCGAGGUGUGGGAUUUAUCCGUUUUGAUAAGAGAAUAGAGGCGGAAGAAGCCAUAAAGGGACUAAAUGGCCAGAAGCCUAGUGGUGCUACAGAACCAAUUACUGUGAAGUUUGCCAAUAACCCCAGCCAGAAAACAAGCCAGGCACUCCUUUCACAGCUGUAUCAGUCUCCCAACAGACGCUACCCCGGACCACUUCACCACCAGGCUCAGAGAUUCAGGCUGGACAAUUUGCUUAAUAUGGCCUAUGGCGUAAAGAGGUUCUCUCCGAUCACAAUUGAUGGUAUGACGAGCCUUGUGGGAAUGAAUAUUCCUGGUCACACUGGGACUGGAUGGUGUAUCUUCGUCUACAACUUGUCUCCCGACUCCGAUGAAAGCGUGCUGUGGCAGUUGUUCGGUCCCUUUGGAGCGGUCAAUAACGUCAAGGUGAUCCGUGAUUUCAACACCAACAAGUGCAAGGGAUUUGGCUUUGUCACCAUGACCAACUACGACGAAGCUGCCAUGGCGAUUGCCAGCCUUAAUGGAUACCGUUUAGGAGACAGAGUAUUGCAAGUUUCCUUUAAAACCAAUAAAACCCACAAAUCCUGAAUUUCAUAUCCUUACUUACUAAAAUAUAUAUAUAUAAAUAUAUAUACGAACAAAACAAAACAAAAAAAAAACUCUUCAAGGCUUAUAUUCAACCAUGGACUUUAUAAGCCAGUGUUGCCUAAGUAUUAAAACAUUGGAUAUCCUGUGAUGAACAGGAAAGGAUUUUAUAAUGCUUAGAAAAAAAAAAAAAAACCUUUGAUGCAUUGAAUGUUCUUUCAUAGCUGUCGUUGUUGAAUAUAAUAUACAUAGAUAACAAUGUGCAGGGAUUUUUACCCGGCCAGCUAGUUUUACUACCUUCCUUGAAGGUGGGUCUUUUUAAGAUGACCAUUCACUCAUUUGAAAAAAAAAUAAAACAAAAACAAUUUUUACGAACUAAUGGGAUUAAAAGCGAGAAAAAAGAUUUUUCUUUUCUUUUCUUCUUUUCAAAACAUUGAUCCAAUCAGAUUGGUAAACCCCCCCACAUAAAUUAAAGAGGAACAAUAAAAAUUGCAAAAAGAAGAACAUAAUUUUGCAACUUUUUUUAUUUUUCCUUUUUUCUUUUAUAUCAUGUGAACUAAACAGUCUUCUGUUAGGGAAUGGGGUAAAGGGGGAUACCUGAUGACAUAACAAUUUAAAUAACAUUAACAAUGUUGCCAAAGAGGUGGUCUCUUUGCUGAAAAUGGGUUUCAAGAAAAAUCUAUUUUUAUAAAAUAUAAAGAAUUUUUACAAGAGAAUCUGGAUUUGAGAAAAAAUAUUUUGACUGGCUAAUUUAGGGGAAAUUGACAACUUUGUCAUGUUCAUACUGCACUGGUAACUUUUUAGAGAUCAAGAUGUGUGUUUUAAACUGGAUUAGUAGAUUGUUUUUUGAAGGAUGGGCUACAAACAGAUGAUCUUCGUAUCUUUUCAUAGCAUGUAAUAAAAAUAUUAAAUACAGUACGGGAGAGUGUUCUUCCCAGGCACGCAGUUACCCACAGUCAAAACCCAAAAGCAAGGAGAUGAGUUGCAAGACGGUUUUUCUUUAAGUCAUCAGUAUGGGAUAUCAGCAGAACAAAAGUUAAAAAAUUAAUUUUUUGAUCAAAAACUUCCUUGGUUUGAGCAGUAGGUGCUACAAAAUUAUUUACAUAUCUUAGUAUCAUAGUUAAAUGUAAUGUGUUUAGAAAAAAUACAUUUGCUUUAAAUUUGUUAAGAAUUUUCAAAUUCACUUUAUAGCCCAUGCUAAUAUAAUUGGGCUGUGUUGGCACAUUUGGAACACUGUUUAUGUUGCUUGAAACACUUAUUUAUUUAAUUGCCGAUGUGAUGCAUAUGGCCAAAAUCAAAUAUAGCUAGUUUGGCUAGUCUACUUAUUUGUUUACUUAAACUAUGGGAAGAAGCAUAUUAUUGUGUCAUUUUGUUGUGUGUGUAUGUGUAUAUAUAAUAUAAAUAUAUAUAUAUAUAAAGUUAUUUUUUCUUUUGGUUAAUUUAUUAUAAGUUGUAACACUUUGCUAGUUUUGUUUGUAUAUGUCUUAAAAUGUUUUCUUAUGAUACUUAAGUGACAGAGGUAUCAAGGUAACUUGUGUAGAAAUAUUGUUUGAUAUAUUGUCAUGUUUGUUGUGAAUAUUUUUUCUUACUGCACAGUAGAAAAGAAAACAACUGGGUCUUUAUUUUAAUGUAAUUCAGAUUGGGGAAAACAGAGCUAAGGGAACAAAAUGACUGAGGGGGUGCUCUCCCAUGUCCAGUGCACUGAUCAUUUUAGUAUGUUUGUGCUUUGUACGGUUAUAUAUUUAAAACAAAAAAGGGUCAUGCUCUUCCCUGAGUACUAGAAACAGUUACUCGCUAUGCAUAAUCUAGUUGAUAGUUAAAUUUGCUAUUGCUUUUCUUGUCUUGUUAUAUAAAAUCUUUUCAAUACAAGUUUAGUCUUAAUGGUAAUAAAACGUUAUGGUUAUUUAUAACUUGUGCUUAUUUUGUGCAUUUUUUCCAUGCUAUACCCACUAACUGCAUGUAGACUAAGUAUUGUUUUUUCACACUGAAGAGGCAAACUUUUGUAGUAGACAAAUAACUAAAGCAAAGGCUGCAUCAUAAUUUUAUCAGUUUUUUACUUUAACAAUGUUAGAUUUUAGUUUAAAGGAACACUCAUUCAAUGUUCAGGGAAACCUUUAUACAUCAUCUGCUAUGAAUGAGCGCAGUUUGCUGGGAAAGUUUUGAUGCAUUUGCUAAGCAUUAGUGGGGAAGGCAUGUCAGAAUCUUUUCUCUACGAUGUGUUUUACUAUCUGAAUAAUAAUAAUAAUUUAAAAAAAUCUUUCUUAGGACCAGGCAGUUGUAUACUUUAGUUAUAAUGAAUGACUUCAUGUUAACCUUGCUAGUUUAGAUCAUUUCUGAGGGAAAGUAUUGUAAAUGUUUUUUUCAUAACCUUGUUGUGUUUGAAUUAUUUGUACUUUAAUUGUCCAGACAAUAAAUGAAAGUGUGUAGAAUGGC